AUGGCCGCCAAUCUCUGCUCUCUGCCAUUGGAGACUCUUAUCGAGGUGUGUAAACAUCUCGAUCCGGCAGAUUUUGUUUCUACUGUCCGAGUGAAUAAGGACUUGUACCGACGAUUGCGUGGGAAUCAGCCGGGUAAAUUCAUCCUUGAAUCGGUUGCUCGGUGGUCAAGAGAAGCCUAUACCGCUCGCGCAGGGGAGAUCAAGUUCUGGGAGGCAUUAAACAGCUACUAUAACCGAAUACAGGCUUCUGCCAAAGCCUCACCUUAUUCAGUGGCGGUGUUGCCAGACACAUCAGAAUUCAUCUACCAGGACGGAGUCGUUGUAUACGUCAUGAAUUAUGAAAUUCGUAUACGGGGCGUUUAUCGAAAUGCUGAAACCGAGGAAGUUAUCAAUUUGGAUGCUGCCCUGAAUCAGAUCAUCCCAUCCAAUCAAUGGAUCAUCAAUGAUAUGGUUCUUCUAUACUAUUAUUCAAAUAUAUUGGCCUUUCAGGUCAAGUUGAACCGAGGUUCAUGGCUUCUUGUUGUCGACACACGUCAAGAGCACUACAAAAUCAAGACCGAUCUACCAGAGGUGGAGGAGAUAUUCGUGCGGCACAAUGGACUUCAUCUUUUUGUUGUCUUCUAUUCCGAACACUAUAAUUGGCAUUGGGCUAUUCGAAAGUUCGACCUUCUUCAAGAAAUCGAGAUAGGGGAGCCAACUAUUUUAGAUGACUUUGGAGACUUCGGAGAUACUAGCCAAGGCGUCUGCUUUGAGAUAUUCGGUGAUAAUCUACAUGGAGUCUCCAACCACAUGACCAGAACGGAGCUAAGAAGUGAUCGCUCUUUCUACAAGUGGAUAUGUCUCGCACCUGACUCGAAGUCCCGUAGGAUUACAGCGAAAAAAUUAUUUAGGCGAUAUCAUGACCUACAUGAAGGAGUUUUAAAGUACGCCGAAUUGUCGUUACAAGUCGAUGAAAGUACCGGGAGACCCAUGAUCCUUGAAUGUCGCCACGAGAGACGAGGGUUGGACGAAAUAUCUUGUCGAACGUAUUACGGUGAAUUACUGCCGGGACCCGAGGAAUUCAAUGAUGGCGAACAAACAGUUGAUCUACCUUUACUUGGUCCGACGAGGGAGGAGCUGAGGGCAUACCGUAGUGACAAGCUUGUGCAUCCAGAAUACUCAAGUGAAUUCUGUGAAAGACUUGACUUCUCUUUACCAAACACAAUGUACAGCUUUUACAAUUCAUCCUCCGGGACGUUCUUGGACCUCAUCAAUGAUCCUGUGCCGAACAGUCUAGUUGCCACACCUGAAAAGAGAUUUCGCCUACGACUCAACUCACACAGAUGCACGGGGAGCGACAAGAAACAUGUCUCGACUCAACUCUGGCCUUCAGACAACAACGUGGGAUUGAUGAAUCCAUUUGGUACUUCCUUCCAAAACAAGGUGGUAUUUGCCAAGGCCGACGAACGAUCUGUGAUCUACUCUAUGACAUCUGAUACAGAAACGAAAGCAAUCAUCUUGAUCAGUUUCGACCCAACAAUACGAUUUUCUUAUAUGCACCAUGAAAAAAGAGAAACAGUUAACCAAUCACCAUUCAAACCUGAGCAAUGGGUACGAACCGAGCCGGCGACGAGAUUUCAAUGGGUUUGGGAUAGAGAAAAUACAGCCAACAGCUUGUAACAUCAUCUACUGUAUGUGCAGCAUGAUAUAAUGACACACUGGGGAUAAACCUAUACUUAAAUAGUGGAGAUAUUUUAGAAUAAAAACGCUUGGUGAUUGAUGUGCGUGAACUAUUUCUUACUUGUUAUGAGGGCUCUGAUUUUUAAUCCUAAUCAUCCUUGAUCAUCCCCAGUGUUCGUCCUCAGUCGUCCCUAUUCGUCCGUAAUCGUCCCGCUUCACUUCAACUUGGUUUCCUAUAAUUGG